AUGUCUGUCACACUCCACACGACUCAAGGCGACCUCAAGGUCGAGCUAUUCUGCGAAGCAGUCCCCCAGACCGCUGAGAAUUUCAUUGCUCUGUGCGCAUGUGGCGCAUACAAUGAGACUCCAUUCCACCGCCUUAUUCCAGGCUUCAUGAUCCAGGGCGGCGACAUCUCCCUCGGCCCAGCCGCGCAACAAUCAGCUUCCAACAAGCCCAUGCUCUCGCACGAAAUCCCGAAGGGCGGCACGUCCAUAUACCAUCCCUCUGCGCUAAAUCAAGAAAUACAAAUCCCGGCACUGCGACAUAAUGCGCGGGGUGUCUUGUCUAUGGCUUCCCGCCCCGUCAAGGAUAAGACAGCACCUGGCUCACAGAACGCAACUGGUGCCACCAUCAAUGGAAGUCAAUUCUUUAUCACAUUUGCACCGGCGCCACAUCUUGAUGGCUCGAGUACAGUCUUUGGGAAGGUGUUGAAUUUGAGCGCUCAGGAUGAGGGUGGGGAUGUGCUUUCCCAGCUGGAGAAGGCCAACGUGAAGGUUGAUAAGAAGGGCAAGGUUUCUCAACCAAAGGAGGGGGAUGAAUUUGAGGCUCUUCGCAUCAACAGUGUUACGAUUCAUGCAAACCCUUUCGCGACAUGA